AUGGAUCUGGAACGGGGAGAGAAGUCGGAAUCGGUUCUAGGCAUGAAAUGGAUUCCGGAAGAGGAUGUAUUCGUAUACACGCUUGGUCUAAGAGAAGAUCUACAGUACAUACUUGCAGAGGGCCACAUUCCCACCAAACGAGAGAUAGCUAGAGUCGUGAUGAGCUUGUUCGAUCCUCUGGGGUUCAUUGCCUUUUUCCUCGUGCAUGGUAAAAUUCUGCUACAGGACAUUUGGGCAAAAGGUACAGAAUGGGAUCAGCAGAUACCGCCCGAAAUCAAUGAACGAUGGCAGCAAUGGUCUAAUCACUUUGAGAAGUUGCAUCAGCUUCGUAUACCCAGAUGCUAUUUCCACGCGCCGUUUCCAGAGAAUAUUAAUGGCAUUGAAAUUCACCUUUUCGUCGAUGCAAGCGAGUCAGCAUACGCCUGUGCGGUGUAUUUCCGAUUGCAGACCGACCGUGGCGUACGAGUAGCUUUGGUUGGAGCUAAAACCAAAGUAGCGCCACUGAAAACGCUCUCAAUUCCUAGGCUGGAGCUCAAAGCAGCUAUUCUCGGCGUGCGUUUUAUGGAAACCAUCCAAACUUUCCAUGAGUUUCCAAUCUCUCGUCGCUACUGUUGGACCGAUUCCGGAACAGUACUUGCAUGGAUACGGUCGCAUGAUCACAGGCGCUUCCACAAGUUUGUAGCAGUGCGCGUCGGUGAAAUUUUGACUUCCACGGAGGUGAACGAAUGGAAGUGGGUGCCGACCAAACUCAAUGUAGCAGAUUUAGCCACUAAAUGGGACGCGAAUCUACAGUUUACCAACAACAGCACCUGGUUCCAGGGGCCAAACUUCAUCCAUUGUCCAGAAGAAAGUUGGCCACAACAACAGCCAAACAUCUCAACGGAGGUAGAAAUACGUCCAGUCAAUUUUCACUGCGCUACUUUUGAACCGAUAAUGGAUUAUGCUAGAUUCAGCCGUUGGAAUCGACUCCAUCGGUCUACGGCAUACGUAUUGCGUUUUAUCGAUAACAUCCACCGGAAGAAGCAAGGUCAGGAAAUAGAGCUCAGGGCACUCAACAGUGAUGAACUAUGCAGAGCUGAAGAAGUCCUGUGGAAGUCAGCCCAAAUGGAUGUCUACCCCGACGAAAUUGCCGUUCUAGUCAAGUCGCAAGGACCACCUGAACGCCGACACAAUACAGUGGAGAAGUCCAGCAAUAUCUACAUCAAGUGGCCUUUCCUCGACAACAGAGGAAUCUUGCGGUCCCGUGGCCGCAUCGAAGCAGCUCCAUACACAGCAAUAUUGGUGGACAAAAUUGCAAAAGAAUGUAUCCAGUGCCGCAUUUUGAAAGCUGCUCCAAGACCGCCGGUGAUGGCUCCACUUCCGAAGCAGCGUUUGACGGCAUUCGUGCAACCAUUUACGUUCACAGGGCUGGAUUACUUCGGUCCAAUACUUGUCAAGGUUGGUAGAAGCAAUGCCAAACGUUGGGUGGCUCUCUUCACCUGCUUCACUACCAGAGCAAUCCACUUGGAAGUGGCACAUUCUCUGAAUACAGAAUCAUGUAUAAUGGCUGUACAACGCUUCGUAUCUCGCCGUGGACUUCCUAAGGAAUUCUGGAUUGACAAUGCAACCUGUUUCCAUGGCACGAAUAACGAACUAAAGACACUCUCAGAAGCAACGAAAAGGGCCAUGGCGGAAAAGUUUACCACAGCACAGACAUCCUGGAAGUUUAUCCCACCAGCUACACCACACAUGGGCGGGGUAUGGGAGCGACUCGUCCGCUCGGUCAAGACAGCCAUCGGAGCAAUAACAGAAGGACCACGCCGCCCGGAUGACGAAACGUUGGAAACAAUUCUGCUCGAUGCAGAGCGAAUGAUUAAUUCAAGACCUCUCACCUACGUCCCAAUAGAAUCGGCAGAUCAAGAAGCUCUGACGCCGAACCAUUUUUUGUUGGGACACUCAUCCGGUUCAAAAUUUAUACCCAACGAGGUCAUGGACAUCCGAUCAACAUUUCGGAGUAGCUGGAAGAUGGCCAGUUUCAUUACCCAUGAAUUUUGGAAACGGUGGCUGAAGGAGUAUCUUCCGAUAAUUACGCGCAGAUGUAAAUGGUGUCAGGAUGUCGCCGACUUGGCAGUUGGAGAUUUGCUCUUAGAAGACGGAAAGGCUAAAAACCAGUGGCUUCGUGGGAGAACUGAGGAAGUGAUCCCUGGUCGGGAUGGGAGAGUAAGACAUGCGUUAGUGCGAACGUCAACAGGGCUCAUCCGAAGAGCAGCCGUUAAGUUAGCUGUCUUGGACGUCUUGGAGAAUAGUAAACCGACUCACUGA